CUAAAGAUCAACUUGCAUGGUGGAAAUCCAUCACAAUUCUUCAACUUUUAUUUUUUGAAAGCGCAGUAAACAAUGUCGCCCUACAACUUUGGUCGAGUGUUAUUUCUACGUGUCUACGUUCUGUGUUUUUUCCUGUCUUUCAGACAAGUUUCGGGAUCAAAUGACACAGUCGGAAAUCAUUUUGAAGAACAUCAACGACUAUUGGAAUUGCUCAUGAAUAAUUCAAAUGUCAACCGGCAAAUUCUCCCUGCUUCUCAUAUUAAUAAGCCUGUGAAUGUUGAAAUGGGAAUUAAAUUGCGUCAAAUAGCAAAUUUGGACGAGAAGAAUCAAGUAAUACGGCUGAUCCUCUGGCUCACCUUUCAAUGGCUUAAUCCACACUUAAAGUGGAAUCCUGCAGAGUAUGGCGGAAUCAACAGUGUUCAUGUUGACCAUGAUCUUUUUUGGUUCCCUGACGUCGCAGUGUUUAAUGAGGCAGGUUUUGAAAGUGAAAUUGUAAUUCUUCACCAUCGUUUACGGACAAAAAUGGUCAUCACUAAAGAUGGAUAUUGUACGUGGCAGGCUCCAGUAACAUUAAACAGUUAUUGCACUUUAGAUCUCACAGACUUUCCUUUUGACGAACAGAAAUGUCCCAUUCAAAUUGGUUCGUGGACGCAUCCGGGAGAAAAAAUCAACAUGACAUACUCCGACCGAAAUGCAGAUUUGAGCCAUUAUAUCACAAGCGGGGAAUGGAUUCUACAAAGUGCUACCUUGAGUCAAGAUUUCGGAUACUAUAAACCUGAAAUUUCACCUCAUCCUUAUAUUACCCUGUCUUUGAAGAUUCAACGUCGUCCAGAUUACUACAAAAAUCAAAUGAUAAUUCCUUUGAUUUUGGUUACAAGUUUAGCUAUUUAUAGUUUUAUUUUACCCUUGAAUAUUGAAGCCCAGAUAAGUAUUGUACUCACAAUUGUAGUUUCUGUUUCUGUACACAAUGUAAUCAUAUCGUCUGAGUUACCAAAAACUGCAGAUCCUAUUCCUGCUCUUCUAAAAUUUUCCGUUGAUAUGCUUAUGUUAAUCGUACUUAGUUCUUUUCACAUAUUUAUAACCUCACUAUGCGUGAAAAAGAUCUCUAGUUUUUCGAAUUGGUGGUUUAAUGUAAAGUCUGAAGAUAAUUCGGAAAGUGCACACCCAACAGCAGCAACAUGUGUUCGUAUAUCUUCCCUCAUUAUAUUUUUGUUUACUUUCAUGAUUUUAAUUUUUUUGUUUCGUAGAAAAGAAAAGAUUUGA